AUGUCAUAUCACAGGAUGGCCCCAGUAAUAACUUGGUACCUGUUUUCUUGCAACAGUCAAAAUGGAAAAUUCAGCUAUGGAUAUGCAAGUUCUCCAGGAAAAAGGUCUUCAAUGGAAGAUUUUUAUGAGACCAGAAUUGAUGGUGUUGACGGGGAGAUAGUUGGACUAUUUGGAGUAUUUGAUGGUCAUGGGGGUGCUCGAGCUGCAGAAUACGUUAAACAAAACCUCUUCAGUAAUUUGAUCAGGCAUCCAAAGUUCAUCUCUGAUACGAAGUCAGCUAUAGCUGAUGCCUACAAUCAUACAGACUCAGAAUUUCUCAAAUCGGAAAAUAAUCAGAAUAGAGAUGCCGGCUCAACUGCUUCCACUGCUAUUCUGGUUGGUGAUCGUUUGUUAGUUGCAAAUGUUGGUGACUCCAGAGCUGUUGUUUGUAGGGGUGGAAAUGCCAUAGCCGUGUCACGAGAUCACAAGCCAGAUCAAACUGAUGAACGGCAGCGGAUUGAGGAUGCUGGAGGAUUUGUGAUGUGGGCUGGCACUUGGAGAGUGGGCGGUGUUCUUGCUGUCUCUCGGGCAUUCGGUGAUAGGCUCUUGAAGCAGUAUGUUGUUGCUGACCCUGAAAUUCAGGAAGAAGUGAUUGACAGCUCCCUUGAAUUUCUUAUCCUUGCAAGUGAUGGACUGUGGGAUGUCGUCACGAAUGAGGAGGCUGUUUCUAUGAUCAAGUCUAUAGAGGAUCCGGAAGAGGCUGCCAAAAGGCUGAUGCUGGAAGCGUACCAAAGAGGAAGUGCAGAUAAUAUUACUUGUGUCGUCGUCCGUUUCUUGGCAAAUUUGAGGGAACCACCUGCUCAUGUCGAUCAAAGAAAAGGUGGACCUGCUAAUAGCCGCACUGGGUAAACUAACAUCAAAGUUUACGCGUUAGAAGACAAAGGAACCUCUGGUUGAGAAUGUAGUUUCAUUUUUUCAGCCACUUGUGUAACUCAGUUUACAGUCACACAAGUGGUGUGUGAAUCUGUAAAGACAAGUUUCUGUGUACACAUAUAUUCUACUGUGAGUAAUAACAUGCUGUUUCUCAUAAUGAUGAUAGACUUCUAGCUCAGGAUCAUGGAGUGUUGUGUUAC